GGCUCUACCAGUGAAGAAACACCUUUGGUACCUUUCAACUUUUCCUAUUUCAACUCUGAUUCACCCACUAAAGUUUUAUAGGAUGACCACUGAAUACUAUCCAACUAUAGAUGAUUAUCCACAGACUACAGACGAGCUAUGUGUGGUGGCCCCAGACCCACAGGAAAUCUUGGUUCAGACUUACAUCCACUCCUUCAUCUGCGCCUUUGGCCUGAUUGGAAACAUCCUCGUCAUCGUCACUUACAUCUUUUACAAAAGGACCAAAACAAUGACUGAUGUGUAUCUUUUCAAUGUGGCUGUGAUUGACCUGAUCUUUGUGGUGGCAUUGCCUUUUAUCAUCUACAAUGAGCAGAACAACUGGUGGAUGGGCACUGCCGCCUGUAAAAUCCUCCGUUCCACCUACAGUAUGAACCUGUACUGUGGCAUGCUGCUGUUGGCUUGUAUUAGUGGAGACCGGUACAUUGCCAUAGUCCAGGCUCGACGCUCUUUUGGCUCUCGCUCCCAAUCUCUCCUCUAUAGUCGCAUCAUCUGUGCUGUUGUGUGGAUUUUUGCUUUAUCCUUAACACUCCCUACAAUCAUCUAUACCCAAACUUUUAAAGAGAUGAAUUUUGGAUUGCCAGUGUCUGUGUCAUGUGAAAUGUCCUUUGAUGAGGACGAAACAGCCAGACUUGUGAAAAUCUUGGUUCCAAGCUUACAGAUGGCUAUAGGAUUCUUACUACCUUUUCUUAUAAUGACCUUUUGCUACUCUUGCAUUCUUAUCACAUUACUCAGAGCACAAAGUAGCCAGCGCCACAAAGCCAUCCGUGUAGUUUUCGCUGUGGUCGUGGUCUUCAUCUUGUGUCACUUUCCAUACAAUGUGGUCCUUCUCAAACACACGCUGUCCCUUUUCAAAGAAAGAAGCUGCAAAAUGGAGAAGAUUAAGUUUAAAAUUUUGGCUAUUUCCCAAAGUAUCGCUUACCUCCACUGCUGCCUCAACCCCAUCCUGUACGCCUUUGUGGGGGUCAAGUUCAGGAGCCAUUUCAGACAGAUCAUGGUAGACUUGUGGUGCAUUAGCAAGAAGUACAUCUAUAACGCUCGUUCCUCACGCAACACCUCCGAUACCGGCAUGACUGGCUUCUCCACAGGGUUCAAGUCAGAUAGUUCUCAGAUGUCCUCCUUUAGUGCAUAAAGUUAAUUUGUUUACAUAGUGCAGUGUAACUUUUCUAGUGGAGGGUGUGGCACAUGCUUCUCUCCAUAGAGCUGUUUUUUUUUUGCCUGGACAGUUCCACAAUAUAGAAUUCAGUCGACCUAUCAUGCAUUUAUUUAAAUGCACCGACUUUCUAUGCUUAAAAAACACACAAAAAAUGCAUUCACAUUGUGUUAACUAGGGGCUGCCUCUUCACACAUCUUGUUUAAUGUCACACUGUAGAACAUUCUAAGCAAAGAAAUAACAUCUCAAAAAAGUAUAAGAGAAAUUGAGACACAACACGGUAAUUAUUGGCUAAAAUCAAGUUAUUCACAAUGAAACAUGCAGUUAUCAUAUAUCACAUUUUGAAACAAAGAUAAAGAAAAAAAGAAAAAAGAAAAAAAAAUACAGUGUGGAGAACGAUAUCUGCUUGU